AUGCCUCAAAUAACAAAACAGCAAAAGGACAAUCAGGAUCGACAACUAAAGAAUCCCGGUAAUAGACGAGUCCUUAGCAAUGGUAAUGUUGUUCAGGCACACUUAGACGCCCGAGGUGAACGUUUAAAGGUGGUUGUAAAAUUGAAUGAUGGUAUUCAGAUCGAUUUUCCCGUUCCUACUUCAAAGGAAGUUCGUGACCGGUUUUUUUAUAAAAAAGCAAAAUCGUCCGAUAAGCCUGCUAGACCUCCAAAUAAAUUUUUUAUAUUCCGAACUAUGUUCCAAGGUGCUGUUGACACCUUUAAACUUCAGGUUCCUAUCGUUUCUGGCAUCGCUAGUGAGGUUUGGAGAAAAUCUAGCGUCGAGGUUAAAGAAGUCUUUACGAGACUUUCGAAUAUUGCAAAAACUGAACAUGGGGAAAUUAACCCCGGUUACGUUUAUAAACCGCACAGAAAACAAUCGCACGAUACCGCUAACAAAUUCGAUGUUACUCUCCAUGAGAAAGUGGAUUAUGAGUCUGCUGAUUCCUCUCCAAGCCCUUCUUCGAGUACUCCUUCGUCACCUUGUACUCCUACCUUACCAUUAUGGGCUUCUUACCCUCCGAAACUCUCUGAAACUCUUCCUCAAGCAAACCUGUCCAUGCAACAGACGCCCCAUUUUAAUGUUCCUCCGUUUACUCUUAACGAUCUUUCUUCAAAUUCCGAUGCUUAUCCUGCAACUUUUGUGCAACCGCAACAAUUAACUUAUUUAUCUUUCGGCGACACUACAAUUCAGCAAUUCGUGUCUCAACCAAUGUUACAAUCUCGUUCUGAUUCUUCCGUUGAUCAAUUUCCUUUUGUUCCUCAACCUGAUUCUUAUCAAUUUUAUCAAUUUUCAACUCCGGAUUCUCAAAUUUACACUCUAACAAAUGACGUUCUGCUUGAUCAAAACUGCGCAUUCAGAUUGCAACCUCCCGAUUACAACAACGAAGAAAAUUCGGUUAUGCGAUCUGUUCCGUUACCUUAUUCCAUGGAUUACUUUAAUACAAUGCAUCAUGAAAUGACCACUACAAACGACAAUCCUGUUCAUUCUAUUCCUCAAUUUCCACAGUUAUCGCAAGAUUUUACCGACGUCCCAGAAUCUUCAAUAAUUCCAUGUCGUCAACAUAUUAAUAAUGAUGAUUUCGAAUCACAAACGCAAGAACAAUUACAAUUGGAACUACCGACUAUCAAUUUCCCUCAAAAUAUUCCAUCGACUAUUUCACAACCUUCGCAAUACAAUAAUACGCUUUUACGUAGUUGUUUUUUUUCUGAUGAUAUUGAUGAUGACGCGAUUGUUGUAAAAAAUUUAAAAGAGGAGGAUUUUAAUUA